GAUAAAUUUAUUUGACAGCUGUAGGAGCACAAAAUAAUUUUAUUUCGAAUUUCGCAAGACCGGCAAAUAAAGCACAAAUAACUUUUCGAAUACUUUUUUAUGAAACUUCAUUACAUACAGUUCGUUCGUAAUUGUCUGACUGAGUUUCAAGUCAUGAAGUUAUUGUAAUCCGAGUGAAUGUUGCAACAUAGAUUUUGGUUAUUUCGUUGUCCCUGUCGCGAGAGUACGCCCGAAAAUGCCGCCGUCGCAUCGCUCAGAGGAAGAGGACAAGCCCUGCAGAGCGUGUUCAGACUUUAAAUCGUGGGCCAAGAUGCAGAGCAAGAGUAGCUUGUCUGCGUCAACCAAACCGAGUACUUCAAAACCAACGGACUGUCCAUUAGACAAAGAUGAGCUGGGUAGAUCCACAUGGGGGUUUCUUCACUCUAUGGCUUCAUACUUCCCAGAGAAACCUACAAGAAAACAAUCGGAUGACAUGGCAAAAUUUUUCAACAUUUUUGCACAGUUCUACCCUUGUGAACCUUGUGCAAUAGACUUCCAGGAAGACAUUCGAAAGCACCCACCACAGACAGAGUCACGAGACCACCUGGCCAGAUGGCUCUGCGACCGACACAACACCGUCAACAUCAAGCUUGACAAACCAAUAUUUGACUGCAGUAAAGUGCACGAACGGUGGCGAGAUGGUUGGUUGGACGGCUCCUGUGAUUAACAAAGGUACCUUCACAGUAUAAAUGCUGUUCAGUUGUCAUAGAAUUAUGUAUUGCAAUUCUGCAUUUCUAUUGUGUUAUUACUUUUAUACAAGCUAAAUACAAAAUUUUUCACAAAUAUGAUGGUUCCUGAUAACUAGUGAUAAUGCUGAUAAGCAUUUAUGACUGUGAGAGUAUUUUUAGUGUAUUUUAUUUAGUUUUGUGCCUGUUUAGUUCAAGUUAAGUAAUGUUAUGUUCGAGUAGUGUGUACAACAUACUGUGAAGGGCCAAUUUUUAUGACAGCAGCAGUGUUUGAAAAGUAGUUGCCAUGUCAAUGUUUUUAAUGUAUUUUGUAUAUUCUGUGUAUAAGAUGUAUUAUCAAAGUGUACAUUUGAAUUUGUGAAAGUUUUAAUAAAUGUUAUUUCUCUAUUGAGUUA